GGGAGGAGGCAGCGCGGCCGCCGCCGUUGCGCAGAUCCGGGCCGCUGCUGUGGGGAGGGCGCCGGGGCCAGUGACCUUCCGGAGGCGGGAGCGAGCCAGGGGGUCCGGGAUGCCGAGCGCCGCCGCCGCCGCCGCCAUGAACAACUCGGGCGCCGACGAGAUCGGGAAGCUCUUCGUGGGCGGUCUUGACUGGAGCACCACCCAAGGUAGGUGCCAUGGCUGAAUGCCAGGCGUUGCAGGCAGGCUGACCUUGGUCUUCAAGUUGCGUUGUGAAUUCGUCUCUAACUACUACCUCAGAGACUCUUCGCAGCUACUUCUCCCAGUAUGGAGAAGUUGUGGACUGUGUGAUCAUGAAAGAUAAGACAACCAACCAGUCUCGAGGCUUCGGGUUUGUCAAGUUUAAGGACCCGAACUGUGUGGGCACAGUGCUGGCCAGCAGACCACACACACUGGAUGGUCGAAAUAUUGACCCAAAGCCAUGUACACCUCGGGGAAUGCAGCCAGAGAGGACGCGGCCAAAAGAAGGCUGGCAGAAAGGACCCAGGAACGAUAACAGUAAAUCAAAUAAGAUAUUUGUUGGUGGAAUUCCUCACAAUUGUGGUGAGACAGAGCUCAGGGAAUACUUCAAGAAAUUUGGAGUGGUCACAGAAGUGGUCAUGAUCUACGACGCAGAAAAGCAGAGGCCUCGAGGUUUUGGAUUUAUUACUUUCGAGGACGAACAAUCAGUGGACCAGGCUGUCAACAUGCAUUUUCACGACAUCAUGGGCAAAAAAGUGGAGGUUAAACGGGCUGAGCCUCGCGACAGUAAAAGUCAAGUGCCUGGACAGCCAGGGGCCAGCCAGUGGGGGAGCCGCGUCAUGCCCAGUGCCGCCAAUGGCUGGGCAGGCCAGCCCCCACCUACGUGGCAGCAAGGAUAUGGCCCACAAGGAAUGUGGGUGCCAGCAGGACAGGCAAUUGGUGGCUACGGACCGCCCCCUGCAGGAAGAGGAGCUCCCCCACCACCCCCGCCAUUCACCUCUUACAUUGUGUCUACCCCUCCUGGAGGGUUCCCUCCUCCACAGGGCUUCCCACAGGGCUACGGCGCCCCCCCACAAUUCAGUUUUGGCUAUGGGCCUCCACCUCCACCGCCAGAUCAGUUUGCGCCACCAGGGGUCCCCCCUCCACCUGCCACUCCUGGGGCAGCACCUCUGGCCUUCCCGCCGCCUCCCUCUCAGGCUGCCCCGGAUAUGAGCAAGCCCCCAACGGCACAGCCAGACUUCCCCUACAGUCAGUAUGUCCCGCCAGCUGACCAGAUGCUCCCCAGCACCUGCAUUGUACACUCUUGUUCCCUUCGGGGCCUUGCAGGGCGGUGGUCACUGAGUACAUGGGUUCUCGACCCUGCCUGGAACAGGACGUGUUGGCGACAGACAUGUUAUGGACAGGACUUGGCCGGCUUUGGGCAGGGUUUCUCAGACCCCAGCCAGCAGCCCCCUUCCUAUGGGGGCCCCUCAGUGCCAGGCUCCGGGGGCCCCCCUGCUGGUGGAAGUGGCUUCGGACGAGGUCAGAACCACAAUGUUCAAGGAUUCCACCCCUACCGACGCUAGCUAGCUGGUGCCACGCAGGCGGCUAGAUGGCUGAGACCCAGGAUUCGAAACUUGUGAACUCGUGACAAUCACAAACUUGGCAGAAAAAUCGCGAUUCAACCUUGGGGGGAGGGGCAGACGUGAGGCUUUUGGAGGCGGCUGUGGGUGUCUGAACUGAAGUUUUUAAAUAUAUUUCUUUCUCUAACCCAUCAGCACAAUAAAAAAAAAGUCACUGGUUCAACAACAGGGUUUUAAAAAGUCUUCAGCUUUAAUUCAAAACUUCAGGUUUCUUUUUCUUUCUUUUUUUUUUUUUUUUGAAAUUAUUUUCCUGAGCCUUUUGUUUUACCGUAGAUUGUAAACUUUUAUGUUAAAGAAAAAAAUAUACAUUUACAAAUUGUGAGAUUUUUAAGAGAAAUUUUCUACAAUGUAUACUGGCUUAUUUUUUAAUUUAAAACAGGGUUUCUGUCGGCACUGGUGGAAGUGAGGGGCAUUUUUGGUCCCCGUACUCCUGGCUUUGAGGGUUGGGACUCGUUGGUCCAGAAACUCUGGAGCUUAAAAAAGCAGUCUACUGAGUGUGUUUCGUUUUUGUUUAUUCCUUGCUUUUGUCGAUUGAUCUGCCUGGCGGUGUCUGCAAGUGCACCGUGGGGGGCUGCACCCGCCUGGCUCGGCUGGCAACCACCCCGCGUCCAACUGCAUCAAGGACCAGGAGGUCUUGUCAGCCUACUUCCCGCGCAUGUGGCUUCAGGGCAUCCCCACUGACCAGUUUGACCCUGGUUUGAAUAAAGAGAAGUGCGUUUGGAUUAGAA